AAAAAAGCAGAGGCUGGGCCAGCAAGAGAGUAUAAAUGAUGGUUUGGUUUGCUGUCUUCUUCAACGAACAUCUACUCAGGCUUGACUACAGAUUCUCAGAGGGCAGUGAACAACUAAGCAUUCCAAAAUGCUCCCUUAUUUUGUGGUACUCUCUUGCCUUUAUGCCAUGAGCAUGACCAUGCCUAUACCUGAUAAUUACUCGUACUCCCCUGCUGUCGGGGACGGCACUGGAACUGAAUUUACCACUUCACAAGAGGGUCGCAUCACUGGAAUCAGACUUUAUGAAUAUCCCUACUACGGAUACUACUACUACAACUACAUCAAUGGGCUCCAGUUGCAAUAUGAUGGUAACUGGACGGAACUGGUUGGCACGAACGGUUAUGGCAAUGAAAGGACGAUGACACUCUUCGACCACGAAUAUAUCGUUCAGGUGUCUGGAAAGUAUUACGGUGGUUACAUCACUGAGCUGAUGUUUGUCACUAAUGAGGGCCGCUCUUUCAAAGUGGGACAGUCUGCUGGAUUGUCAUUUAACCUCUACCCGACUCAUGAUGGAAGUGCACUACGCUUCCUCAGCGGUCGACAGGAUGGGUUUGCCCUUACCUCCAUUGGGGCUCACUGGGCUGUGUUGAAUACAUCAUAAAGAAGUGUUUAUGUGAGGAAAAUGCAAGUUAUUUUGCUAAAGAUUUUGCUCUUAAAAAUUAUGUUAAUCAUCUUCUUAUCAUCAUUAUUUGAAUGAUUUCUGAUUAUGCUUGAUUUUACCAUUGAAGUUGAUUUUUAUUGUAUCUUAUUAAAUCAAUACUUUUUUUCAUUGAUGAUCACAAUAAAACUGACUUUAAAACAA